UGCAGUUCACAGUUCACAGUUCACAACAUUACAGUAAAAAUAGGAUAUUCGCUGCCUGCCGCUUAUGUGCUAAACGGCAAAACCCGGCAACUUGGCGACUGGAGAACGCGUCACUCGAUUCCCACCACUCCGACAACCGGGCCGGGACCCCGAAAAAUGGGUCUGAGCUGAGCGGUGCACCCGUCCUUUCUUUCCUGUGUUGUCGUCGGAUUUACAAGAGACGGCUGGCUGGCUGGCUGGUUGGUGCUAACGCUAGCACGCUAGCUCUCCGAGAAGAGCAGACACGGCAACAACGGCUGUCCGCCUGCCACCGUCCCCGGGCUGGUUCUCUCCGCCGCCGCAGCAGCAGCAGCAGCAGCAGCUAUGUUCGUGCAGGAGGAGAAGAUAUUCGCCGGCAAAGUGUUGAAAAUACACAUCUGCACGAUGGACGGCACAGAGUGGCUGGAGGAGGUCACGGAAGACACCACUGUUGAAAAACUGAAGGAGAGGUGCUUGAAACAUCAUGUUCAUGGAAAUUUAGAAGAUCCCAAAACACUUACCCAUCAUAAACUUAUACACGCUGCUACAGAAAGAGUCCUCACCGACACCAAAACUAUUGCUGAUGAAAACCUUAAAGACAAAGAAGUUUUGCUGCUCAUAAAGAAAAGACCGCCGCCAACCCCUCCCAAGAUGGCAGAUGUUAGUUCAGAAGAAAAGAAGAAACAAGAUACCAAAGCUCCAGAUAAAGAUGCUAUCCUGAAAGCUACUGCCAGCCUGUCCACACGGCACACUGAGCGCACUGUUACACAGCACAACAUCAGAGAUUUUCAAACGGAGCUUCGAAAAAUCCUGGUUUCUCUUAUUGAAGUUGCACAGAAGCUUCUUGCCUUGAACCCCGAUGCUGUUGAACUCUUCAAAAAGGCAAACGCGAUGUUAGAUGAAGAUGAGGAGGAUCGUGUGGACGAAACGGCCCUCCAGCAACUCACUGAGAUGGGUUUCCCUGAGAGCAGAGCCAUCAAAGCGCUUAGACUCUGCCACAUGUCGGUGACCCAGGCCAUGGAGUGGCUGAUUGAACACGUAGAUGACCCCACUGUGGAUGCACCACUACCGGGACAAGACUCCUCUGGGGCAUCAGGAGCUGCAGCAGCGACGACAACGAGCCCCUCAGCCGCUUCAGCCAACAUCCUUUCCAACCUCUCAAGGCAAUCGAGCUCCGACGAGAGCAGCCGGCAGGACGAACUCACAGAGAUCUUCAAGAGAAUACGCAGGAAAAGGGAGUUCAGGCCAGAUUCCAGAGCUGUGAUUGCAUUGAUGGAGAUGGGCUUUGAUGAAAAGGAGGUGAUUGAUGCUCUCAGAGUGAAUAAUAACCAACAAGAUGCCGCGUGCGAGUGGCUGCUGGGAGACAGGAAACCAUCUCCAGAAGAUCUAGAUAAAGGCAUCGACACCAACAGCCCUCUGUUUCAAGCGAUUCUGGAAAACCCCGUGGUCCAGUUGGGUUUAACAAAUCCCAAGACUCUGCUAGCGUUUGAAGACAUGCUGGAGAAUCCUCUGAACAGCACCCAGUGGAUGAAUGACCCCGAGACCGGCCCGGUCAUGCUCCAAAUAUCCAGAAUCUUCCAGACCCUCAAUCGCACAUAGAGCCUCCUGAUUACCCUAGUGUGAUUGUGGCAGCUUGUGUGUAUGUAUGAUCAUACCAGAAAAUGUGUGUUUGGAUGUGACACAAAUAGAGUUUACUGGGGUUUUUUUUGUUUCUUUUUUUUCUGCCUUGUAAAGAAAAAGUCAGAGGAAUUAAAAGUUUGACUUAAAAUGUUACACUAUUUAUAACAAUACAGUAAAAUGCCUGUACAAAACAAAGGUUAUUACCAUUAUUAUUAUUAUUAUUACAAUGAUAAUAUAAAUUGAGAUUUAAUAUGUUGUUUUUACAUAUUAAUAAGAACAAUUUACAUAUAUUACAGAGAUGAUUUAUUUUAUAUCAUUUCUCCAUGUAAAGAAAUGACAUCAGGCAUCAAUUUAAUGUUUACACUUUAAAGAACAGUUUUUGUAUGAUUUGCAAUAUUUAAAUAUAACAGUCUUUUCUGUUUCCUUUCAAAUGUUACAUUUCAUUAUUAAUGAAUGUGUGGAGGAGUUCUGGUCCCGAUGAUGUUUGGGUUACUUCUGAUGACUCCUAAUGUCAUCAGAAGAGCAGGUUGUUGUUCGAGUCGAGCGUUUGUGAAGCUCUUUGAAAGCGAGCUUUCAGAUGCGAUUCUGCUCAGACGCUUGCACGCUCAUCACUGGCAUGAAUGUCAGAAUAAUCUUUUGCUUUUAAUAAUUUUUCCUCUAUGGUUUUUAACAUAAUGCAGUUACUUAAAAAAACUAUUUCAAUCAUUUAUGGAUUUUCUCUUGUCUAAAGAAGAUCCAAAUCAAAAUACAUAUUUGUGUAUUCACCACAUGUUUCCUGCAGCUAUAAAAGAAGCUUCUGGUGUAAGUCUGGGGAGUUUUAGCCACGUCUCUUGUCAUAACUGGAUGAUUUCUAUGUGUGUGUGUUUAUUUGGUUGAAUUGGUUUAGUUUGAAGACACAGCUCAUUUUUUUAAGUACAAUUCACACACUGUCACAAAGGGCUGUAGGACGUCCAAUGCGUAAUUUUGUGUUACCUGUUCCAAAACCAGUUUAAAAUGACAGUUCCACAGCAUAAUGUGGCCACCACCAUUUUUGACAGUUGUUGGUGCACUUUGGUUUGAAUUUCUUUAAACAUCUUUUUUUUUUGUGGCCAAACAGCUCAAUCUUUGUAUUAUUUUACUUAACAGCGUUAAAUCAGGAGACAAUAUGCAGGCAGUUACAAAUAUGUUGAGUUUGGAGAAGGGAUUUCUUUCUUAUUCCACACCAAAACUUCAUUUACUGAAGUCCGUAAACUGUUUUUUCAGCUGUUUCUGGGGUCUGUUUUGCUCCUGAUAAAGAAAACCUGAUGGAUUCCUUUAUUUUAAUGGCAACAUUUUGGAUUGCAUGGAUGAAACUUGGACUCAAUUGGGUUUCCUAGCAGGAUAAUGAUCCCAAACAUUCUAAAAAAGGUUUUAAGAAUAUACUCAGCUGGCUAAAAUGAAGAUUAUUUCUAAAACCCAGCCCUCAACUAUGAAUACAAUAUUUAUAGUUUCAUGGCUUUGCCAGAAAACAAGCAAAUUUAUAAUAAUUCAGAAGCUUGUUAAUGAUGGCAAAAUAUUUACUGUUAGUUGAGAUUUGUUUAUGUUUCAAACUAUUUAGAUUACAGAAAAUAAACAAUAAAUUAAAACUUUUGCACAGUUGCUGGUUUUAUGUUCAUCCCACUGUGGAAAAGUAAUGACAAUCUUUAAAAGUCCAGUAUUAGUAAUGACAUUCAGGCCAGUGAUGAGUGCAUGUAAACUUCUGACCGGUACUGUGUUACACAUUACCUCUCCUUUGACACCCGUAAAUCACUGUAAGUCAUAUACCUCUCACUUAUUAAGAGAAAACUUCUGUCGUCUGCGAACAUAAAACUUUUUCCGCCUUUUCAGAGAGACCUCGUACUCUAAGUUGUGUCGAUCCUGAUUUUCCAACAGUAUGUUACAGUAGGCCUGUGUGUUUGUUGUCAAUGUGGACUUGAAUGUCACUAUAUCUGCGCUUCUUUAGCACUUGUUCACCUCUUGGAACACUGCUCACUGCGGCACAGACGAAGUCAAAUCAUGGAUUGUUUGGAGUCGGACAGUAAAUGAAGCUGAGCCUGUUCAAAAUCUGGGGUUGGGGUUUGCCUUUUAAACCUUUAAUUUGAAUCGUUGAAUGACAAUGCGUUUGAAUCACGCUGCUGGGGCACAAGCGUCUUUAUAAACACAGUUUUGGUCUCCAGUUUUCUUCAGAGAGCAAUGAAGACUUCAUGCUGUGAACCAAACCAAAAUGUUCCUGUAUUUCAUGCCUUGUUCCUAGUUCUACCCAGUGAAGAGGGGAGAAAAUCUGUAUUUCUGUGCAAUAGUAAAGACUUAAAGAUAUGUAUCUGAUAUGAGUAAUAGUGAUGUUUAAACUGAAAGGGUUAGAGUGUUUUACAAUAUUAGCCUUUGCAUUGAGUACUCAUAAUCUCCAGCUAAAAGUUGGAGCUCUUUGCCUCUUGUAGUUAUACUAAAAAAAAACAAUAUGGAGGGUAGAGUUGGUUGUUUUAUUUUUAUUUUUUGCCAAGCUUUUGAGUGUUUUUAUUCUAUAUUUAAAAUAUAGUACUGAUGUAAACUUUCUGCUCAGGGAGGCUUAGAUUGUUGUCAUGGCAAACCCCUGCUCAACCAAUGUUAGUUUGGCUUUAGCAAGUAUCUUCAGAACGCAACAUCAAGACAUGCAACAUUUAACAAAAAAAGAAAAAAAAAGAAGAAGAUAUUUAAAUGUUUUUGGAGAGAAGUGUCUGUUUGAACUGUGUUUUAUUACAUUAUUUAUAUCAAAGCCAAACUCGUAACUUGGUCUUAUUUCUAACGGUUUUAGCAAACCUCGAAGCUGCACUUCAAAUGUGAAAAGAGAAAUGCUUCAAAGGUUGUUUUUACGUCGUUUUAAAGAUGCUCUUAUUAUGAAAAUUGUUAGUCAAGGUGUGAUUUCAAGUGGUGUUUGAACAGGGUGGGUUGAUGUGUAGAGCUGCUGAGAACUGUACAUUGAAAGAUUCUGCUCUUACAGAAAACAAACCAAAAAAAGAAGGAACAUUUCCAAACAUUUAUCUGAAAUUUAAAUGAACAAAGCAAAACGCCUUUGAGGUUACUAGCUAUUUCUGCUCUGUUAUGUCAUGCAAGACUGUCCCACAUCAACAACCUAUGCAAUCUAUUCAGUGUCUGUUCAUUCAAACAGCCACAAGGCUACUGACAUCUAAAUCACUCUCACAUUAAAGUUAAUUUGUUCUGUGGCUUUGCUCGUUGGAUUCUGUUUGGAGUCGAUCUAUGUGGCGGCUUUGUUUUGGGGAACAAUAAAGAUCAGUGUUGCAAACAUAAUAAAGUACAAACUUAAAGUGCUGUGCCUUUCAAAAUAAUGUGUACCCCUUAAAAUACCUAUGCAGAGCACAAAGAUAAAAAAAAAAAAGAUGCAUUGUUUUCACAUUUUCUUACAGUAAAAA